AUGUCAUCUACUGGGUCAGCCAACCACAACAAGCGUCUGGCAUCAGAUUUGAAGAAUGAAAACUCUCAGAAGGCGCGGGACAAUGAUUCUGGCCAGCACCUGAAGCUGAAGGAGAGACAGCGCUUUUUUGAGGAGGUCUACCAGCAUGAUGUGGAUAACUACCUGCCCUCUGCUCACCUGCAGAUCGACUGCAGGAAACCCCCUAUGGGAAGUAUCUCCUCUAUGGAAGUGAACGUGGACGUGCUAGAGCAGAUGGACCUGAUGGACAUCUCUGACCAGGAGGCCCUUGACGUCUUCCUCAACUCAGGAUCAGGAGCGGAUGAGGGAGCGCUGGCAUCUCCACUACCAGAGGCGGAGGACGAGGAAGAAGAAGAGGAGGAUGAAGAUGCCGAGGUGAUCUACAGGGAGCGGGCACCUUUGAAACGGCAAAAUGAAGUUCACCGCGGCUCAAAGGCCCGCAUGUCCUCUACAUCCUCUGGUUCCAGUGAUACCAGUGGGGGCGGAGACGACACACCGGUGAUCCAGUCGGACGACGAGGAAGUCCACGCCGACACUCUGCUGCUGACCUCUGUUCCCCAUGCCAGAGAUGAAGAAACAGAGGAGGAAGAGGAGGAGGAAAGAUGCCUUGCAACUAAAGCUUCAUAAAGACUGAAUUUUACUCUCUGUAGAGAUACACAAAGAGGAUAAAACGAGUUUGAGAGCUCUCUCUCUCUCUGUCUCUCUACAUUUGCUUUCCAUUUUUCGGGGAGAAAACCCUAGCAUGGUUGACCUGGCUGUGAUUUGCUGUGUCGUUUUCCUGAGUACACUGGAAUUUUCUUUUCAAUUACAAAUCUUUUUCCCAGUAACUGUUAAAUAGUCCAUUUAAUUGUUGGUUUAAACUUUUGGCAAUGGUGAAAUGUCCAAGAUUCCUGGCAUGCAUACAGUAUGCAAAUAACUCCAGUCAUCCCAGGACCAUGCACUAACUUGUUGUGGCUGAGAUGAAACGACUGUCAGUUCAACUUUUGUUCCUCUUACUGCCAGAGGGGAAACCUCUCUCAUGUCCAUUUCGUGACUCGAACGCACAGGUGCCAAACAGCCAUGUGAAACAGGAAGGCUGCAAGGCAUCAUUGCUUUACACACUUCCCCCAAAUAAAAGAACAGAAACAGAGAAAAGUCCUAAACAGAGAGCAAAUGCAGACAAAGACAAAGAGGGGAAAUCCAAAGCUCAUCUAUAUCGAUACAACCUGGACAGGUCACCAGUCAAUCACAGGACUGACAGACAAUUGGUCACGCUCACAUUUAACCUACAGGCAACUCAGAGUUGCCAAUUACCCUAACUCGCAUGUCUUUGGACAUGAAGCCAAAGUACCAACAGAAAACCCACGCAAGGUAUGGCAAGACAUGGCAAGACAUGGCAAGACAUGGCAGCUGCCAUUCUCUGGAA